UGUUGUUUUGCGUUUUAGGUUAUGUUAUUUUUAUUUUUUUUUUUGUUGCGAAGAAAAAGUAAUUUAAAUGCCCCAAGAAGCGGCGAUCUAGAUUCACCGCAAACUCGCUUCCGUUUGUGAAAAUGCUAGAUGGCUGGUACUGCAGAUCCCUCGCCAACGAGCAAGCAGCGGCCGAAGAGCAGGAACGCGUCCUGGAGGAGUCCAAGCUGAAGAAGCAAUACAAAUUUUUAAAGGGCAAACUUAAACAUUUACUUUACGAAAAUGAGUGCUUCCAGACUGCCUUGCGAUCAUCGCAAAAGAGGUUGCUCAUGGUCACCAGAGAUCGGAGCUUCCUCUUAGAUAGACUGGUUUUGUACGAGAAGCCAGAUAAUUCCUCAUCAGAAUCUGAAGACACUGAAUCUUCGGAUGAUGAAAAUGUUAAAGUUGAACCAACGAAAAAGAGGAGAGUAGAUUUUACAAAUUCACACAAUCAUGUACAAAGUAGUGGUAAGUCCAUGCCACAAGUGAAGAAGAAAAGGCCCCCACCGAAACCUAAAGCUCAUUUCUCUCAUAACAUUCUGCAUAAUAUAAACACAACAACCUCGAAUAAUGUGAUUUUAUCGGACGGACAUAUGACUCCUGAGGAGGUGGAAAGGCAUCUACAGUCGCGGCAGAGCUUCUUGGAGUUGGAGAGGGCCCCAUUGACGGUGCCCACGGAGAUGUUCAGCAAUGAACCAUCGCUGGAUAGCGAAUCCAACGACAUCGGCGAAUUGGAGACCUCGCCCAGCAACAUGGGAGAGGAACUGAGUAUCGACAUGAUAAACGAAUGAGCGCGAACAAACGUCUUUUUUUAUAUAUAUAAUUGGGUUUAGUUUAAUUUAUGACUUAUGAUGAUAGCUAAAUAAUUGAUUAAAUGAUGAGUAAUGAACUGAAAACGA